GCUUUACACAAAAAUUCUGCUAUACAGCAGAGUUCCGAUUGAUUCAACUCAUCGGAACCAUGCAAUUCGCAUGACUCAACUUUCCUCUGUUUUCCCCACUCCUUCACACUGUAUUGCGCAGAUAAAUAUCGACUAUAUAGUGACUGACAAGUGGCGGUACGAGAGGAUUUUACUGAACGGAAUCACUACGUUGACUCAAGUGUAUUAUUGAAGUUAAGCAGAAUUUUGCUGUACAAAUUCUACAGGUAGUAAAGAGUGUGUGAAAGAGAGAGAAAGAAAGAAAGAAAAUAAAGAGACAUAGCGAGGUUAAAAAUCGUCGGUUUCUCUCGGCCAGUUUAUUGGAAACAUUAAAAAAUAGCUAUUUUGUUCGGUAGUUCUUGUUAUCUUUUUAAAAAUGCCAACCAUUUCGCAAUUGCAAAAGUGGGCUCUAGGAUUGGGCGCAGUUGGCGGUGCAGUAAGUGGUGCAGUGUUAUAUUAUUAUAAUAUGUACAAUAAUACAGAUUCUUUACGAGUACAUAAUUCGUGGACAACAAAUUACACACCUUCAGUUAAAUGGGAUCGUAACUGGGAUAGAAGGGAUCCGAAAAGUUUGGUCAAGCCAAUGCGGAUACUUAAUGAAAAUGAUGAAAAUGUAUAUAAUGAAAAAUUUGAUACAAAAAGGGCAAAAUUCGUAAGGCAUAUACUUUUGAUACGACAUGGUCAAUAUCAUAAAGAUGGAAAGACAGAUAAGGAGCGGGUGUUAACUGAACUUGGCAAAAGGCAAGCUGAAGCAACAGGAAAGAGACUGGCAGAUUUACAUUUGCCUUACUCAUUGAUAGUAAGAUCAACAAUGACACGUGCCCAAGAAACUUCUAAAAUAAUAGAAAAGAGUCUUCCAGAUGUGCCAGUUGAAGAUGAUAGUAUAUUAGUUGAAGGUGCACCCAUACCCCCGGAGCCACCUAUCGGACAGUGGACAUCUGAGAAACAUUUCUUUCAAGAUGGACCUAGAAUAGAAGCAGCAUUUCGGAAAUAUUUUCAUCGUGCAGAUCCUAGUCAACAACAAGAUUCUUACACAAUUCUUGUAUGCCAUGCAAAUGUCAUCAGAUAUUUUAUUUGUCGAGCAUUACAGUUUCCACCAGAAGCGUGGUUACGAAUAUGUCUGAAACACGGCAGUAUUACUUGGCUUUGUAUUUUUCCUAGUGGAAGAGUUUCAUUGUUUUGUCUAGGUGACACAGGACAUAUGCAACCACAAGAUAUAACGUCCAGCUAAAAAUACAUGACUUGAAGAAAUAACUCCAAGUUUCUUAUACUCGUAAAUAAGAACUCUGUGAGCGGAAAAGAGGAAAUUGCUAAAAAACUCAAAAUGUGAGUGG